AUGCUCACUGACACCCUAAAAGACCGCUCCUGGCUCCGUGCCCGAGGCGCAAGGGUAUCACGAUGGCUCGAAAACCCCAACGAACCAAAUUGCCCAAUCCCCCGGUACACACUGACCCCCGACGAAAUCGAACAAAAAGCCACAAACUUCGAUCGAUUCCCAAACGUCGACAUUCUACUCGCCGGACACACCCUCCUCCUACCACCAGAAUGGCCAGCUUCCCAAACAAGAGGAAGCUACACAUACUACUCAAUGCGAUUCAGCCGAGAUUCGUGGAGCGGGUUCACCUCAGCAGGUAUCUUGAUAAUUCAAGCCAUGCGCCGAGCCCAGCCUGUCACUCCCCAUCCCUCUGAGGUCGGGCUGAGUCUUUACGCUAAAGAACAGGGCCUUAAUGGGUUGAGGUACGUUUUUGCCACUACUGUAAUCAAUUGGCAGACUUCGCACUUUGUGACGGUGGACUUACAUUCGGUUUGGCCGGGGGAGGCGCGGACUUGGGAAUUUGGUUCGAAGGAGUAUGAGGAGCUUCUGGGGACUCGGAUCGGAUGUACGGUGGCUUACCUUGUGUUGGGUGGGUUUGAGAGAGGGUCGCGACGCAUUGCGCGUAUUGUUACUUAUUGUGAGGACGUUGGUGCAUGUGGUGAUUUAAAUAUCCGUUUUGAUAUUGAGCCGAAUGAUAACCUUACAUAA